GGCGCCGCGCCCGCUGCGAGGGCUCCCCUUAAAGGAGCCGCUCUCCCGGCCGCUGUGGGCCGGAGGGAAGGCGGCAAGAGCUGGGGGCUGCAACGAGCUUCCAGGAACUCUGCGCAAUGGAAUAGACGAUGAGGUUCAGAGAGGGACAGGGAGUCGCCCGCAGCCACACAGGGCGUCCUCAGCCUGACCCCUCCGUCCUGUCUCCUGUCCGUUCCCACCAUGGCCUUCGGGACGCAGCUGCUGCUGCUGCUUUGGAAGAAUUUCCUGUAUCGCAGGAGGCAGCCGAUCCAGCUCUUGGUGGAGUUGAUGUGGCCGCUCUUUCUCUUCUGCAUCCUGGUGGCCGUACGCCAUUCCCACCCCCCACUCGAGCAGCAUGAAUGCCAUUUCCCCAACAAGCCGCUGCCGUCAGCGGGCACCGUCCCCUGGCUGCAGGGCCUCAUCUGCAAUGCGAACAACACCUGCUUCCCGCGGCCCACGCCCGCAGAGGAGCCCGGCGUCCUCAGCAACUUCAAGGACUCCCUGGUCUCCCGGCUCCUGGCAGAUGCCCGCACUGUGCUGGGGGGCCCCAGGGCCCGCAGGCUGCUGGCCAGCCUGAGGAAGCUGAUGCCCGCGCUCAGUACUGCCGGCGGAGCGGGGGCAGCCUGGCCUCGGCUGAAUCACCAGCCCAAGGAGGGAUCGUCCCUGGCCACUGAGCUGCUGGGGACACUGCUGCAAGGGGAAUCCCUCGGGUCUGUGCUGGGCCAGACCCAGGAGUCCGUGGUCAGCCUUGUGGAGGCAGCAGAGGACCUGGCCCAGGAGCUCCUGGAGCUGCCCAGCCUGGCGGAGCUGUGGGCGCUGCUGCGGAGGCCCCCGGGGCCAGGCGGCCCCCUGGAGGCCCUGGCAGAAGCCCUCUGCAGUACCAGGGGGCCCAGGAAGCCCGGUGGGCCCUCCCUCAACUGGUAUGAGGCCAGUGACCUGAAGGAGCUGGUGGGGCCGGAGCCGGCGCGGGCCCUGCCGAACGACAGCCUGAGCCCCACCUGCGCUGAGCUUAUGGGGGCCCUGGACACCCAGCCCCUGUCCCGCCUGCUCUGGAGGCGCCUGAAGCCACUGGUCUUGGGGAAGAUACUCUUCGCCCCGGACACGCCCUUCACCCAGCAGCUCAUGGCCCAGGUGAACCGAACCUUCCAGCAGCUGGCCCUGUUGAAGGACAUCCAGGAGGUGUGGGGGCUGCUGGGACCCCGGCUCUUCAGCUUCGUGAACGACAGCGCAGAUGUCGCCAUGCUGCAGAGGCUCCUGCAGAUCCAGCACAAAGGAAGGAGGCAGCCGGGAGCCGGGAGCCGGGCCCAGGGGGACGCCCUCCUUGCCUUCCUGAACCCCCGCAGUGGUGGCUACAGCUGGCGGGAGGCGCACGCUGAUGUGGGGCACCUGGUGGGCACGCUGGGCCGCGUGAUGGAGUGCGUGACCCUGGACAAGCUGGAGGCGGCGCCCUCGGAGGCCGCCCUGGUGGAGCGGGCCCUGCAGCUGCUCCCUGAGCACCGCUUCUGGGCCGGCAUCGUCUUCCUGGGGCCCGAGGACUCCCCGGAGGCCGCGCAGUCCCCAGGCCCUGGCCACGUGCGCAUCAAGAUCCGCAUGGACAUCGAUGACGUCACAAGAACCAAUAAGAUCAGGGACAGGUUUUGGGACCCCGGUCCGGCCGCUGACCCGCUGAUGGACCUGCGCUAUGUGUGGGGCGGCUUCGUGUACCUGCAGGACCUGCUGGAGCGCGCGGCCGUGCGCGUGCUCACCGGCGCCGCCCCCCGCGCCGGCCUCUACCUGCAGCAGAUGCCCUACCCGUGCUACGUGGACGACGCGUUCCUGCGCGUGCUGGGCCGCUCCCUGCCGCUCUUCCUGACCCUGGCCUGGAUCUACUCGGUGGCGCUGACCGUGAAGGCUGUGGUGCGGGAGAAGGAGACGCGGCUGCGCUCCACGAUGCGCGCCAUGGGGCUCAGCGGCGCGGUGCUGUGGCUGGGCUGGUUCCUCAGCUGCCUCGGGCCCUUCCUGCUCAGCGCCGCGCUGCUGGUCCUGCUGCUCAAGGUGGGCGCCCUCCCCGCUCCAGAUGGGUGCGCGGGGCGUCCCUGGGCGAACCCGCGCGCCACCUCCAGCGGCCUCUGCCUCCCGCAGGUCGGGGACAUCCUCCCCUACAGCCACCCGGCGGUGCUCUUCCUGUUCUUGGCGGCUUUCGCCGUGGCCACGGUGGUCCAGGGCUUCUUGCUGAGCGCCUUUUUCUCCCGCGCCAACCUGGCGGCCGCCUGCGGGGGCCUCGCCUACUUCGUGCUCUAUCUGCCCUACGUGCUGUGCGUCGCCUGGCGGGACCAGCUGCCUGUGGGCGGCCGCCUGGCCGCGAGCCUUCUGUCGCCCGUGGCCUUCGGCUUCGGCUGCGAGAGCCUGGCCCUGUUGGAGGAGCAGGGCGAGGGCGCGCAGUGGCACAAUGUGGGCACCGGGCCUACAGCCGAUGUCUUCAGCCUGGCCCAGGUCUCGGGCCUUCUGCUGCUCGAUGCCUUGCUCUACGGCCUCGCCACUUGGUACCUGGAGGCCGUGUGCCCAGGCCAGUACGGGAUCCCCGAACCGUGGACCUUUCCCUUUCGGAGGAGCUACUGGUUUGGGCCUGGAACCCCCAAGGGUCCCGCCCCGCCCCCUGCCCCACAGGACCCCAAGGUGUUGGUGGAAGACGCGCCCCCUGGCCUGAUACCGGGGGUCUCCAUACGGGGCCUGGAAAAGCGCUUUCCUGGCAAACCGCAGCCGGCCCUGCGCGGGCUCAGCCUGGACUUCUACCAGGGCCACAUCACUGCCUUCCUGGGCCACAAUGGGGCUGGCAAGACGACCACGCUGUCCAUCCUGAGUGGCCUCUUUCCACCCACUGCUGGCUCCGCCUGUGUCCUGGGCCACGAUGUCCGGUCCAGCAUGGCAGCCAUCCGGCCUCACCUGGGCGUCUGCCCGCAGUACAACGUGCUGUUUGACAUGCUGACUGUGGAUGAGCACGUCUGGUUCUACGGGCGGUUAAAGGGUCUGAGUGCAGCUGCCGUGGGCUCCGAGCAGAAGCGUCUGCUGCAGGACGUGGGGCUGGUCCCCAAGCGGCAGGCACAGGCCCGCCACCUCUCCGGCGGUAUGCAGCGGAAGCUUUCAGUGGCCAUUGCCUUUGUGGGUGGCUCCCAAGUGGUCAUCCUGGACGAGCCCACAGCUGGUGUGGACCCCGCUUCCCGUCGAGGCAUUUGGGAACUGCUGCUCAAAUACCGUGAAGGUCGCACACUGAUCCUCUCCACCCACCACCUGGACGAGGCGGAGCUCCUGGGAGACCGGGUAGCAGUGGUGGCGGGCGGUCGCUUGUGCUGCUGUGGCUCCCCGCUCUUCCUUAGGCGUCACUUGGGCUCCGGAUACUACCUGACGCUCGUGAAGGGUCCCCAGGCCCUGGCUGCCAGCAAAACGGGCGACACUGACUUGAAGGACAGCGUGGAUGGAGGACAGAAAAGGGAGGCGGGCAGCCAGGCCAGCACCGCCGGUGCGGCCCGGCUGCUGGCCCUGGUGCAGAGCCACGUGCCCGGGGCCCGGCUGGUCGAGGAGCUGCCACACGAGCUGGCGCUGGCGCUGCCCUACAAGGGCGCCGUGGACGGCAGCUUCGCCAAGCUCUUCUGCGAGCUGGACCAGCGGCUGGGGGAGCUGGGGCUGGCCAGCUACGGGAUCUCAGACACCAGCCUGGAGGAGAUCUUCCUGAAGGUGGUGGAGGACUGUGCUGUGGACACAGGCCCAGAGGGUGGUGCGCCUAGACAGCACCCGUGCGCGGGCACGGCUCACCCGAACAGGAUGACGCAGCUCCAGAUCCUGCCCGAGGAGUCAGCCCUGGAGAAUGGGGGGCUGGCUGGGUCUGCCCCCGAGACACAGGCCCUGCAGGGCUCCGGGCCAGACGCCGUAGGCCGCGUGCAGGGCUGGGCACUGACCCGCCAGCAGCUCCGGGCCCUGCUUCUCAAGCGCUUCCUGCUUGCCCGCCGCAGCCGCCGUGGCCUGUUCGCACAGAUCCUGCUGCCUGCCCUCUUCGUGGGCCUGGCGCUAGUCUUCAGCCUCAUUGUGCCUCCUUUCGGAUACUACCCGGCUCUGCGGCUCAGUCCCAGCAUGUACGGUGCCCAAGUGUCCUUCUUCAGCGAGGAUGCCCCGGGGGACCCUGAACGUGCCCGCCUGCUCGAGGCGCUGCUAGAGGAGGCCGGACUGGAGGAGCCUUACCUGAAAAAUAACGCCAGCAGGGCACCUGCGCGGGCACAGCCUGCCACCUGCCAGUUCUCGGUGCCUGAGGUUCCUGCAGACGUGGCUGAGGUCUUGGCCAGCGGCAACUGGACCCCGGAGUCUCCAUCCCCCGCCUGCCAGUGCAGCCGGCCUGGUGCCCGCCGCCUGCUGCCCAACUGUCCCGCUGCGGCCGGAGGCCCCCCGCCGCCCCAGGCAGCAACCAGCUCUGGUGAAGUGGUCCAGAACCUAACAGGCCGGAACUUGUCUGACUUCCUGGUCAAGACCUACCCGCGCCUGGUGCGCCAGGGCUCCCCAGCAUCCCUCGCCGUCUCUGUCCGCUCACCUCUCAGGCUGUGUGUCUGUCUCUCCCACAGCCUGAAGACCAAGAAAUGGGUGAACGAGGUCAGGUACGGGGGCUUCUCCCUGGGGGGCCGAGACCCGGGCCUGCCCUCGGGGCUUGAGGUGGCCCGCUCCGUGCAGGAGCUGAGGGCACUGCUGAGCCCUCAGCCGGGCGGGGCCCUCGACCGCGUCCUGAACAACCUCACAGCGUGGGCUCUCGGUCUGGACACGCGGGACGGCCUCAAGAUCUGGUUCAACAACAAGGGCUGGCACGCCAUGGUGGCCUUUGUCAACCGAGCCAACAACGCACUCGUCCGCGCCCGCCUGCCGCCGGGCCCCGCCCGCCGUGCCCACAGCAUCACCACGCUCAAUCACCCCCUGAACCUCACCAAGGAGCAGCUGUCCGAGGCCGCGCUGAUGGCCUCCUCGGUGGACGUGCUCGUCUCCAUCUGCGUGGUCUUCGCCAUGUCCUUCGUCCCGGCCAGCUUCAUCCUCGUGCUCAUUGACGAGCGUGUCACCCGAGCCAAACACCUGCAGUGCGUGGGGGGCCUGCCUCCGACUCUCUACUGGCUCGGCAACUUUCUCUGGGACAUGUGUAACUACUUGGUGGCGGCGUGCAUCGUGGCGCUCAUCUUUCUGGCCUUCCAGCAGAGGGCGUACGUGGCGCCCGCCAACCUGCCUGCCCUGCUGCUGUUGCUACUGCUGUACGGCUGGUCCGUCACGCCGCUCAUGUACCCAGCCUCCUUCGUCUUCUCCGUGCCCAGCACGGCCUACGUGGUGCUCACCUGCGUCAACCUCUUCAUCGGCAUCAACGGCAGCAUGGCCACCUUCGUGCUCGAGCUCUUCUCUGAUCAGAAGCUGCAGGAGGUGAGCCGCAUCCUGAAACGGGUGUUCCUUGUCUUCCCUCACUUCUGCCUGGGCCGGGGGCUCAUCGACAUGGUGCGCAACCAGGCCAUGGCCGACGCCUUUGAGCGCCUAGGAGAUGGGCAGUUCCAGUCACCCCUGCGCUGGGAGGUGGUCGGCAAGAACCUCUUGGCCAUGUUGAUACAGGGGCCCGUCUUCCUCCUCUUUACGCUCCUGCUGCAACACCGCAACCGCCUUCUGCCACAACCCAAACUGAGGCCACUGCCCCCCCCGGGAGAGGAAGAUGAGGACGUGGCACGUGAGCGGGAACGGGUGUUGCGAGGAGCCACCCAGGGGGACGUGCUGGUGUUGAGGGACCUGACCAAGGUGUACCCUGGGCAGAGGACGCCGGCUGUUGACCACCUGUGCCUGGGGAUCCCCCCUGGCGAGCACUCCCGCUACCUGACAGCUUCACGCCUGCCCACACACCCUAGUAUCUGCCCCAGGGGUCCCCUCGCCCACAGCCUUCCAAGUGGAAACAGAGAAACCCACCCCAGAAAUCAGAAAUGCUGGGACAAGGGUCCGGGCCUCUGUGGGUGCUGUCUGUACCUGCAGUGUUUCGGGCUGCUGGGCGUGAACGGAGCGGGGAAAACGUCCACGUUCCGCAUGGUGACCGGGGACACGCUGCCCAGCGGGGGCGAGGCGGUGCUGUCAGGCCACAGCGUGGCCCGGGAACCGGCCGAAGCUCACCGCCGCAUGGGCUACUGCCCUCAGUCCGACGCCAUCUUCGAGCUGCUGACCGGCCGCGAGCACCUGGAGCUGUUCGCACGCCUGAGAGGCGUCCCCGAGGCCCAGGUUGCCCAGACGGCGAGCUCGGGCCUGGGGCGCCUGGGCCUCCCUCAGUAUGCGGACCGGCCCGCGGGCACCUACAGCGGUGGCAACAAGCGGAAGCUGGCGACAGCCGUGGCUCUGGUGGGGGACCCAGCCGUGGUCUUUCUGGACGAGCCGACCACCGGCAUGGACCCCAGCGCCCGGCGCUUCCUCUGGAACAGCCUUCUGUCCGUGGUGCGGGAGGGCCGCUCCGUGGUGCUCACCUCGCACAGCAUGGAAGAGUGCGAGGCGCUCUGCACGCGUCUGGCCGUCAUGGUGAACGGGCGGUUCCGCUGCCUGGGCAGCGCGCAGCACCUCAAGGGCAGAUUCGGGGCUGGCCACACGCUGACCCUGCGGGUGCCCUUGUCGCGGUCCAAGUCUGCGGCAGCCUUCGUGGCAGCGGCGUUCCCGGGGGCCGAGCUGCGGGAGGCGCACGGUGGCCGCCUGCGCUUCCAGCUGCCACCGGGAGGGUGCUGUGCCCUGGCACUCGUCUUUGGAGAGCUGGCGGCGCGAGGCCCGGAGCACGGCGUGGAGGACUUCUCUGUGAGCCAGACCACGCUGGAGGAGGUAUUCCUGUACUUCUCCAAGGAUCAGGGGGAGGAGGAAGACGAGCCGGUGGGAGAAGCGGGUGCGGACCCUGUGCCAGGCCCGCAGUCCCCCAGACUCAUCACCCAGUUCCUGGACGACCACAGCGUGGCCGAGACGGUGCUCUGA